AGAUGCAUUGCAAAUAACUGGGCGGGGCAGUUUUCUACAAGCUCAGGUAGUGCGUGGUAAAAAAGAUUUGCGGUCUGAGUUGAAUGCCAAGGAAAUUUCAGAUGGUCUUCCUUUUCUGGAAUAUGAACUUCAUAGAGUUUUGAUUAAUAAACUAAAAGCUAAGGGAAUGAAUGCAAUUUUCGGUUUAAAAGUUCAAGUUGCCAUAGGAGAACGAAUGAUGGCGCUCGUUGCAACGGGCACAGCAUUUUUCUUAAGCGCUUUACUGAUUCCUCAAGUACCAAAAAUAGUGGCUGGCAACUCGUGGACUGACAAACAAAAACUAAAUGAGUUGCAGAAAAAGCUUCAAGACACUUUUGAUCGUAAUCAAGAGAUAUAUCAAUUAAAGCCGACUUAUGCGGAUGGUAAAGGUGGUCUCUUAGAUAAAAAUUCCGAUACGGAUGAGUCGGAUGAAGAGGGCGGCGAAGUCGAUUUAAAUUGUGGUAAUAAAGAUACUUGCGUGUUGGAAGUGGAUGAUAUUGAAGAUUUGGAAAUUAUAUCAUUACUAAUGGAACCAUAUCCACCGGAGGGAUUUCAUAUAGUUAACACGGAAAGAUUACCCGGCAUAUUGGAUAUGGAAUUAGUAAAAAAUCUGCAAAUGUUCACUCAAGUAUGGAAGGCAAAAUUGGACAUUGCUCAAAGUAUAAGUAAUUUUCAGAAGCAUUUUCAAAGACUAUUACAAACUAUUUUCUUUAAGUUACGUACGAUGAUUCCUUGCGCUAUUUGCAAUUUAAGUUUUAAACUAGAUUUUCCAGAAUCGGAUCAAAUUCAAAUAUUGGUCGUGGGUAUGGCUCUAAGAUUAGAAGAUCCCAGUAAACUUAAAAAUAAACGUAAAUGUGCAACAACAAAUGGUCAAUCCGAAAGCAACGAAACAUCGAAUAAACGUUCGCAGCAAGAGGAUGAUCUUAUUUUUCCUUUAGAUGAGGACCAUGUGAUCGAAACCAAUACUCCACUAGCAUCUUAUAGCGCUCAUAUUCUUAAAAGUCGUAAAGCAUCACCAAUCCUGUCAGUAUCCGCUCUCAACAUUCGCCAGUGCUAUGUAAGUUAUGCGCUUUUAAAGUUACUAUGAUUACUGUUACCGCUAACGACAAGUAGAUGAUUUUUGCUUUUCGCAUCAAAGAUUCCUUUGCAGAAUGUGUGAAUCUCAUGGUUUCAUAUAUUUCUUACUUAGAAUUAUUGAACAUAAAUUCCAUGAAAACUUCAUUAACUCCAUGUGAUAUGGUUUAAGUACUGCAACAAUCUGUUAAAGCACGACCUAUGUUUUCAUACUUUAGUUGGAACCACAAACUGCUUAAUAUCGACCCGGAUGUUUAUAAAUACAUCCAGGAUCUCCUAAUGAAAACUUUAAAUGUAUUUAAGAUAAAUAUUUUAGUUGUCUUCCGCAUUUUAUACCACCUACGCAAGGACGUAAUAGCUGCUCGCAAAAAUUUUGAUCACUUUUUCACUUGAAAAA